AUGGCUUCAAGAAGAAUUUGGCCGUGGCUUUUAUUUAUGAUUAUUACACAAACAGUCGGAGAAGAUACACGAUCAGUGCGAAUGUCUUUAAUACCUAAUUCUAAAUUUCAAUGUGCCAAUACAACCUGUUUACCAUUCACUAAUGUUAUUACAUCAAACAUUAGGAAUUGUCAAGCAGCCUGUUUAGCCCAAAGUCAAUGCAGAGCAGCCACUUUUCAUCGAUCAACUUCUAAAUGUGAAUUAUUUGCUGAUAUGUUGAAUCAGAAUGGAAAUAUGUUGGCUGAUACAGAUGCUGCGAGUAUGAAUAUUAUUAGUGGAACCCGAUUUCCACCUGAACCAACUACCACAUCAACAUCAACUACUUCAACAACAUCAACAACAUCCACAACAUCAACUACUUCAACAACAUCCACAACAUCAACUACUGCAACAACAUCCACAACAUCAACCACUUCAACAACAUCAACAUCAACAAGUUCAACAACAUCCACAACAUCAACUACUUCAACUUCAUCAACAUCAACUACUUCAACAACUUCAACAACAUCAUCAACAUCAUCAACAUCAACAAGUUCAACAACAUCAUCAACAUCAUCAACAUCAACAUCAACAAGUUCAACAACAUCAACAACAUCAACAACAUCAUCUACUUCGUCAACAUCAACAUCAACAAGUUCAACAUCAUCAACAUCAAGAACUUCAACAACAUCAACUACUUCAACAACCACAACAACAGCAUCAACAACAGCAAUACAGCGUUAG